CCGCUUCCGGUCAAUUCCUCCAAUCUGCCAUAUUCCGCCGCUCUGUCUCAACUCAGCCGCCUCUUCGCCGCCGCGAGCCCAUCGUAGUUUCAUUUCUUGGGUGAUGGUCUUCCAUCUAUCACGCUCCAGUUUAACAGAGUGAUUCGGGGGAAAGGCCGGUGAUCUUAUUCAGAGACGUUGACAGGAAACGGGCAGAGAUGACGACGCGAUCGGAGAGGGAAAAGGCUCAGAAACUGAACGAGCAGCAUCAGGCCAUUCUGUCCAAAAUGCUGAGAGAGGAUGAUAACAAAUACUGCGCCGACUGCGAAGCCAAAGGACCUCGAUGGGCCUCUUGGAAUCUCGGGGUGUUUAUUUGUAUCCGCUGUGCUGGAAUCCACCGGAACCUGGGAGUGCAUAUAUCACGUGUCAAAUCAGUCAACCUGGACCAGUGGACCCCCGAGCAGAUACAGAGUGUGCAGAAUAUGGGCAACACCAAGGCAAGACAACUGUAUGAAGCUCAUCUCCCAGAAAAUUUCAGACGGCCACAAACUGACCAAGCCGUGGAAUUUUUCAUCAGGGACAAGUACGAGAGGAAGAAGUACUACGAUAAAAAUGCUGUCAACGGAGCCAUUAAGUCCUCUGAUGCUGCUUUGCCCUCAGUAUCGUCUCCCUCUUCUCAAGCAGCUGAGAAAAGCAAACUGGAGAAGGAGAGAGAGAAGAAAAAGGAGGAGAAGAAGAGGGAAAAGGACACAGAUAAAGGGAACAAGCCAGCAGCAUUUGAGAAGAAGAGAGAGGACAACCAGACAGAUUCCAGGGCCAGUCCUAAGAAGAGCACGGAGCUUGCCAUCGACCUGCUAGGCCUUGAUGCACCCACAGCCAGCUCUGCCAGCAGUGGGGUGGGAACAAGCAGUGCAGCUUCAAUCAGUGAUGACCUAGACAUAUUUGGACCAAUGGUAUCCAACCCUUUGCCCUCAAGCACCAACACAAACCAGGCCAGUUCCAGUAAAGCAGCUGGGAGUGCUCAGGCCAGCUCUGCCGUAGGGGCCGUGGCAGUUACUGCAGGCACAGGAAGUGCUGCUCCAGCACAGGGAGAUCUGGACCUGUUCAGUGAAAACAGUGGGAGCAGCAAAGCAGAGGAGUCAGCCAAGAAACCUCUCUCCAAGGACACCAUUCUCUCUCUCUACGGCUCCAGCACUGUCCCACAACAGCCUGCACAAGCUACUGCAAUGUUCAUGGGCCCAUCCCAGAUGCAGUUCCCAGCACAGCCACAGGGGAACUUCCAAGCCUUUCCCGGCAUGGCAGGGGCCAUGCCACCCACUACCAUGAUGGGAGCCGUCAUGGGCCAAGGUGGAGCAAUGAUGGGCCAGAAUACAGGCAUGAUGGUUGGCAUGACAAUGCCUAAUGGUUUCAUGGGAAACGCACAGCCAGGGGUGAUGGGAUUGGCCCCAGGCAUGAUGGGACCUCAGGGCAUAGUGCCCCCUCAAAACAUGUAUGCCAUGCAACCAGGUCAGCAAGGCCAGUGGAAUAUGGCACAGAUUAACCAACAGAUGUCUGGAAUGAACAUGAAUGGUUCUGGUGCUCCAAUGGCAUUCGGGCCACCCGGUGCCCCCAUGGGCGGCUGGGUGGCACCGCCCUCUGGUCAAACCCUCAGCACCCAGCUCUGGAAGUAAAUGAACGAGGGCAGGUGGAGGACAAGGGGCACUGCAUCCUUCCAUCUCCCCUCCACCAACACCCACGGCCAGAGUUUUAUUCAUGUAUUGUUUUUUCCCCUUCUCUUUCCGACCAUUACUACUCUGGAGAGCAUCGACUCAAUUUGUCCUCUGUGUAUUGAUCAAGUGAGCAAGAGUAUGGAGUUUAAGAGACUGGCAGCUUUGUCAAUCUUAUUUGCAAUUUUUUUCUUUUAUAUAUAUAUAUAUAUAUAUAUAUAUAUAUAUAUAUAUAUAUAUAUAUAUAUAUAUAUAUAUAUAUAUAUUAUUUUUUGGGGGGGGUUCAAAACACAUAUCAGCGAAGAAAGCUGCUGGACCAAUUAUACAGGCUUCUAAUAUAUCUUUACCAAAUCAAUAGUAAAUAAUAGUAUUUAAAUGACAGAGGUAUGGCUAUCAUAUUUGUGACUUUCCCCAAUCCCUUUCCUUACUUCUGUGUAUAGAGGCCCUAUAUCCCGGAACCCUGUAGCAGAUAUUGUAUAGACCCAUAUAAUGUAGGUAAUCAUGAGAUGUCAUCACCUCUCUCCAGCCUCUCAUCCCACCACAUCCGUGUAGCUCCAUGACAAGCUCCAUCUUUACUGUGAUGUUUUAAUGUGUGCGCUACAGAGAAGCACAGUGAGUGAAAGACAAAUAAACCUGGACGACUGUACAGCUGCAACUGUUACGGCUUGAGGAGGAGGGGGGUGGGGGCUAAAGGGAAGGGGGGGGGGGAGAGGGGUUUGAGGCAGGAAUAAUCUGAGUGAAACUUUUUACCGCGAUUUGGAGAGUAAGGAUCGAACAAAAGCGUGCAGUCCAACAUGUCAGUCCCGCCGCUGUAGCAGAAUUUCUAUCCUCUCAGAUAGGGUCUCUCUGCUGUGCAAUAAUAUAAACAUCCCCACCUCGUCAUCCAGGUUUAUUUCUAUAAUGUGUUUACAUUUUCUGUUGCCUAGUACAGAGGAAAAAAAAAUGUAUUUCCGUGCAUUAAACAGUGAAUAGCCAUGAACUAUUGUGUGAUCAUUUUGUCUAAAGACGCAUUUAUUGUAAAGUUAUCUCUUCUUCUUUCUUUUUUUUUGCUUUUAAAGAGAGUCAUUUGGAAUAAAGACAUUUGUAAUCCAAA